CGCAAAGACUUCGAGGGAGGCGUCGGUGCCUCGCGGCUCUUCAGAGUUACUCGGUCGAUCGCGCUCACACGACGUCGGCGCGGCACCAGUUCCCAGCGCUUUGACCCGUCGUGUCCCAUCACCCGCUUCUCGUACACCCGCUUUGGGCCCAGGAAUAGGGGUCUUUUCGCACAACCCUCCCAAAUCCUCGGCGCCAAGAGAGAAGAAGCUGGCGCCGGCCGCCUCUUCGACGCCAAGUCUGGACUCGCGUGGUGCAAUCGCGCCGACCACCUCGGGAACCUCGGCCGGUCGUCGUCACAAGGAGGGCUCGCCGGGCCAGCUGAGCCUCGUGUCCGCGUCGCGCAGCAGGACCGCACUGAACCGAUCCGCGGAGGACACCGUCGUGUGAAACUCACCUCGCAAAGCCUCGGCAGCUCGCGCGCUACUCGAACCGCAGGUGCGCCUUCGGAUCUGCCCGUCGAGCCUGGAAUGUCUCUACUGGUGGAUUACGGCUGGAUCUCAUCCUCAUUCUGCGAAGCGGCGGCGAUGGACGACUGGUCGUACUACGAGGAUGACCCAUACAGCACACCCCUAGGCAAUGUGGCCUAUCCAGUGAGUGGAGAGGAAGUUGCAGCAGCUUCAUCAUCUUCUGCUGAGCAAGAGCAACUUCGCUCUUUCCAAGACCUGUUGCUGCGCUCUUUCCAGCCGAAUCAGCCUCAGCAUCAAAACAUCGGCAUGCCUAUCUGCACUAACUAUGAAGAACAAAGUCUGCACAUGGCUGGCGGUGUCCGGCUAGUGAUCCUGGAGCAGCCUAUGAAAGAGACGCGCUACCGUUACAAGAGUGAAAGUGGUUCACAUGGGCCCCUCAUCGGGGAGUCCAGCACGCAGCAGCGAAAGACCUACCCUACCGUAAAGCUGGAGAACUACAAUACACAGUUACCCCAUCGCAUCAAGGCCAGUCUGGUCACUGCCGAAGACACUGCCCGGCCCCAUGUCCAUCGUAUCACCAUGCGAGGCCGCGAUGAUGAAGACUGCUGUUUUGUUACGGUCCGCGAAAAUGGCACAGCCAUGUUCCCCAGCAUGUCAAUCGUGUUUCAACAGAAAAAGACAGUUGCUGAUAUCCUGUACAGGCGCAAGAUUGAGAGCUUGCAGCCCUCUCAAGAGGAACAACGGCAGCUUCAAACGGAAGCUAAGAGAGAAGCAGCCGAGCUUAAUUUGAACCUGGUUCGCAUCUGCUUCACAGCCGAGUGCUGUGAGGAGGGUGUCUGGAAACCGCUUUGCGUUGCCUACUCCAACCCAGUUGCAAACUCAAAGGCUGGAAAGCUCAGAAUAACCAAAGUAAAUCGCAACUCAGGAUCAUGCAAGGGUGGCGAUGAGGUCUGGAUUCUCUGUGAGAAGAUCAACAAAAAGGACAUACAGAUCAAGUUCUUUGAAGAAAACGAGGAGACAAAGGAGAGGACCUGGGAGGCAGCAGCCACAUUCCAGGAGUCAGAUGUGCACUAUCAGGUGGCCAUAGUCUUCAAGACGCCUCCAUACCGCAACACCAACUUGCAGCACCAGGUGGCAGUCAAGUUUCAACUGAUUCGCAAGUCGGACAAUGACUGCAGCGAACCCUUUGAGUUCACCUAUCUGCCAUGUGGCCCUUCUGAAGAGCUAUUGGCACGCAAGCGGCGCAAGCUUAGUCAUCACUCCCCUGAAGAGAUGUCCCCUUAUUCAGGCAUCAUGGCUCCCCCUUCGAGCAGCAGCAGCACGGGCGGCCAGGCAUUCCCAAAUGAAUUCGGCAUGGCUACCUCUUACCCAGGAACUUCAGCACCACUGAAUGCUGUGUUAGGGGAGAACCUGGGGCUGCCAGAGAGUGAGGAAGCCUGGGAAUUCGUGGUUAAAGACAUGUACGAAAGUUUGAAUCCUGACACAAUAGAGCAACUGCUCCAGGAAUUUGAUUUCAGCCAAGCACCGGGAUUCGAACCACAGUCCUCUUGCACGCAAGGCGGAUACUCUACCUCUACGCCACUGCUGCACCAGGUGUCUACUCCUACCCUGGAAUCAAUCGUCAUGGCCACCGAUGGAAAUGGGCUCGAGGCCUCCAUGGGCAGACUCUCCUUGGGUGGCGAAGGAAACCGCAAUGAAACAGAACCUGGAUUUCAACACAGUAGCAUGGCCUGUCCCUGUGGGAGCUCCAAAGAGGCUGUCAUCAAGGUUGAAGACGAGUCAGCCCACAGUUCAGGGCAUGACUCGUUUGAUGGCUCAGUCAGUGUUUGCACCAGUAAGACAAGCAACAGGCUUGGAACUGCGAUGUAUGCAGUAAUGUGCUGGAUGACAAAAGAGCUCAUGAGCAAGUGCUCAACAAAAACCCUGACCAGACUGGUUGCAGAAAUGAUUCCAAUCUCUGACCUGCAUGGCAACAAUGCCCUGCACCUGGCUGUGAGGCACUCGCCGCAUUUACUCACUCUCCUUCUGAAGAUGCUGGCAAACACAAAGUGCUGCGCAUGUAUCAACAAGCAAAAUGAUGGAGGCCAGACUCCAUUGCAUGUGGCAGCACAGAGCGGGCGGCAUGACUUAGUCAUGAUUCUGCUGGUAGGUAGUGCUGACCUUUCACUUGUGGACCGCCUAGGCCAAACUGCCUUGCACUGCGGGGUGCUGGGCUCUCUGCCCUUGAGGGUUCUCAGAGCCAUGCUGUCCCAGCCACAGCUGCAGCCCAAUGCAGCCGACAAACAAGGCAAGACGGCCUUGCACCUUGCUGUGGAGAAGAGAGACUCGGCUGCCCUUGAGACACUGUGCCGAGCAGGCCUCAAUGUCAAUGCUGCUGUAGAGGGCACAGGAGACAGGCCUCUCCACUUGGCUGUCAGAGGAGAUUUUGUGGAGGGCAUCAACAUUCUCAUAAAACAGUGCCAGCCUGCGGGCAUGACAUAGCCGCGGCCUCCGAGACGGCAGCAGCAGCCCAGGGCAGAAACCGCUGUCACCACGGGGGCCCCGCGGCCGGCCUUCUCGCCGGGCAAGACACUCAGCUUUUGGGCGGGGCCUCCUUGCCAUAUCCCCUGUGUCGCUUCUAACGUGCUAGUAAAGACAAGAGAGAAGGCCACUCAUCGAUGCAAUAACUACAUCUAACUCCACUUGCACUUGAAUUAUUCAAAAUAAUUUUUGCAGCAGGAUAUUCAUGAGGCGGCAUUUUUUAAUAGUGAGACCAUUCUAUGAUUAUUUAAAAGUUUUUCAAUAUAAAAAGUUGACUAGUGGAUUCGUAUUCGAAAACUUUCAUUUCUACACACCUCUAUUUGGAACACGUGAAGAAAGAUUAUAAUGAAUGCAGCUUUAUUGGGAGUGAUGUUGCAGGUUGUUGCUGCUUAAUGCUGUAAGCAAAAUUUUACUUGUCCUCUUAAGUGAAACAAGUUAUGCUGCUGAAACAAAUGGCAGUAUCCUAACAAAACCAUUUCUGACUUUCCCGUGUGAUGUGAAUGGGGAAAGUAACUGAGCCAAUUUUGUUAGGCUAGUUGGUGCCUUUGAUCAACUGUUCGUAAUCCCCGACAAGAAAGGCCUAGGCAGUCGAGGAACAUGUGCUGAUCCUGUGCAUUUAUUAUCCCCCAAUUUUUGUUCUUUUGCAACACUUUGCAAAUUAUAGAUUAGAGCAGGUUCUUUCUACUCAGGCAGGGAAUAGUAGUGCAGUAUGCAAAUGUAAGUUCAACUACGUAUGUAUUUUUACUGAGUGAUGGAGAGAGAGAGAUCAGCAUUAUUUUACAGACAGCUUUUUCUCCAAGCGAUGACAGAGGACAACACAAAUAAACAUAAUCUAGCAUGGUGAAUGCAACCAGAAGAGGCACAAAAGGAACCGUUAAAAGCACACAAAAAUAAAUACAUGUUCGGAGCACAAGGCAGCAGCACAUGUGAUGACAGACAAUGUGAUGACAAUUAUGUGAUGACAAUUAUGCAUGAUAGAUAACCCUGUUACUAAAUAGCCCACUUACAGUAGCAAAGGCAUUCCUGUAAAAAAACGUUCCUCCCAAUUCACCGU